AUGCCAACUCAGGUCUACUUUGGCAUGCUUGACGCAUUGUUGGCUGCUGAGGAGCUUCCAGAGGAAUAUAGGGAUCCAUUAGAUAUCUUCCGUAUUUCAAGGGACAAUGACUUCGAUCUAAGCGACGACAUUGUACUCGCAGCAUAUAUAGUCGGGUGUGCAUGUGUAGCUUACGUGGAGACCUAUAUGACCAAAGUACCAUUGCAUAUGAAUAUACAGACAGGGUAUGAAUGGGUACAAUAUACAUUAACUGGAAAUGAGAAGAAAUGUCGAAGAAAAUUUAGAAUGUCAAGCCAUAUGUUUGGACAAUUGUGUAAUACAUUGUGUCAAUAUGGAUAUAACGGUACUAGAAGAGUUUGCUUGGAAAAGUCUCUGGCAAUGACAUUGGUGGUACUUGGUCAUGCUGAGGGUAACAGAAUGGUGCAGGAUAGAUUUCAGCACUUGGGUGAGAUAGUGCAUCGACACGUGUCCAUGGUAGUUACAUUGUUAGCCACUGUUAUGGCAGCAGACAUUAUCAAGCCUGCUAAUCAUACAUUUUGGGACGUGCCAGAACAUAUUCAGCAUUCAGGUCGAAAUUGGCCACAUUUCAAGGGUUGUGUUGGUGCGAUUGAUGGGGUCCACGUCUCCGUGGUUGUAUCAGUUGAUGAGCAACACCCGUAG